AUGUCAUGGCCGCAUGAUCUAUCUUCUAUGACCGGCUCGCCCAAGCCGAGCUCACACACCUCUAGAUCAAAAACUCCCGAACCUGGAUCAACAUCGCUGGUGAACCCAUCCUCCUCUCUGCUACAAGACCUGUUGAAAGAGCAGCGUGCGACUCGCGGGUCGCGAGGAACAGCUUCAGAAGAUAUGGAUGAUAAUGGACCCCGUACGCCUCGUACGCCAGGCCGUUCCCGCGCCAAUUCCCAGAACCAGUCACAGGAAGAGCCGGGCUCUGAUCGGCAGCGAAAGAUCAAUAAUGCUCUGGCUGCGGGUCUAAAGCAACCCCGGGAGAUGGGGAUGAGAGAAAUGGACCAAGUGGGUGGCACUAUGAUAGCUUCUAUUACGCUCCUGCAGUCGCUAAUAGAAUGCUAG